AUGAAACUUCGUAAUUCGUUGAUUAAUAUGUUGGGUGAAUUUAUUGGCCUUCAUAAAACACCUGAUUUCAAAUUGAAUGCUCAAUCUUCACAAGCUAUUACUGAAGCAGUAGCUGCCGAAGCAAGACGCUAUUCCAUCACAAUGAAUUAUCCCCCAACAGAUAAUACUGAAUAUGACGUAGUGCAUCAACGAUCAUUCUCGACGAAUAGUGCCCGUGAAAGUAAUGAUUUGGUAAAUAUGGAUCCAUCGUAUCGUCGCUUUUCAGAGUCUACAUUUUUAUCAUCAUUUAAGCCAUCUAGACGACAUCAUAUUCAGCAACAAUUAUCCGUACAUUCUCAGAAAAAAAAAUCACGAAAACAAAAUACAUCGAGUAGUUCUUAUGAAACAGAUGAUAAGGAAAUAAACAAUGAUAAUGGUAUCAAUAAUCAACGUUAA